UGGGGUCCCCGGUGAGCGCUGUGAGGAGUCAGAGGGUUGUGUUAGGCAACAAGGUCUGUCCUGCUGUUGUUACGAUCAAGGAUGGAAGAAUCCAUAAAAUUCUCCCAGACGGCGAAGACCCUGACGAGGGUGGCUUUGAGCUAACAGACGAUAGGUGUAAAAAGAAUGUCGCACCGGCCGGAGGAGCCCAAGUGACCCUUGAACUGUGCAAACGUCAUGACAAUGGUGGCUAAUGCAAACAUGCAGUUGCGGCUUUUCCCUCGUACUCUAAUUCUAGGACAAGAUGCAAACCUGUUGCGGGGACACCGGGUGUUGGACAUGGGGGACAGUGUAGUGAUGCCCGGUAUCGUGGAUUGCCACGUUCAUGUGAAUGAACCCGGUCGGACCUCUUGGGAGGGUUUCUGGACUGCAACCAGGGCUGCCGCAGCUGGAGGCGUGACGACGAUUGUAGACAUGCCACUAAACAGUAUCCCACCGACCACCACGCUUCAUAACUUUCAUGAGAAGUUGCGGGAAGCGGCAGGGAAAUGUUUUGUCGACACCGCGUUCUGGGGAGGUGUCAUUCCAGGCAACCAGCAUGAGCUGCGACCCCUGCUCAACGCUGGAGUGGCGGGUUUCAAAUGUUUCCUCAUCCACAGCGGCGUGGAGGAGUUUCCUCAUGUGACUCUCAGUGAUCUCCACGCAGCUAUGAAGAUGCUACAAGGAACAGGAAGCGUUUUGCUGUUUCACGCAGAAUUAGAAUGUCACCAGGAAACCCCUGAAUUAGCUGAUCCGUGUCAAUACACAACCUUUUUGCAGUCCAGGCCAGAUGUCAUGGAGAUGGAGGCAAUUCAAACAAUAAUAGAUCUCUGCCUGCAGUACAAGGUGCGUUGCCACAUUGUUCACUUGGCAGCAGCAAAGCCACUGAAGAUGAUCCAAAAGGCGCGUCAGGCCGGAGCCCUGCUAACGGUGGAGACCACUCACCACUACCUCAACCUGUGUGCCGAGAACAUUCCGGCAGGGGCCACGCAGUUCAAGUGCUGCCCCCCAAUCAGGGGAGCUGCUAACCAGGCAAAGUUGUGGUCAGCACUUAAAGAUGGUCAGAUCGACAUGGUGGUAUCCGACCACUCACCCUGCACCCCCGACCUAAAGAACCUGGGGAGUGGAGACUUCACUAAGGCAUGGGGAGGAAUCUCCUCGUUACAAUUUGGUUUACCACUGUUUUGGACUUCAGCCACCCAGAAAGGUUUUCAGCUGGCAGAUGUGGUGAGGCUUCUCAGCCAGGAAACAGUUCGGCUGUGCAGCCUCGACCAGCAGAAAGGAAGCAUCCAACCCGGCUAUGAUGCUGAUCUUGUGAUAUGGGACCCAGAGAGAGAGUUCAAGAUUCAUGAAGCAGACAUACAUCAUAAAAACAAGGUUACUCCCUACCUUGGCAUCACGUUGCGAGGACUGGUGCACGCCACCGUUCUCAGAGGACAGCUGGUGUACAGAGACGGAGUCUUUUGUACCGAACCUCUGGGAAAGUCUAUCCUCAUCCCUGCAAGGAAAAUUUAAGACAGGGGUCAAAAACUACUUGUUGUUGGAGAGACACCUUGGGGACCGGACGCUCAAAAAAUGAUGUUUGUUUAUGAUGUUGAUGAUGUUUAUUUUAAAAUCCAAUUCCUGAACAGAUUGGAUAGUUUAGUGGGCCGCCAGUUGAUGAUCACUUUUUAAGCCAUUUCUUAAAAGUUAGUGUCCGCAUUGGAUCAUAAUUCGUGCAACUGAUAGAAUAUUAAAGGUUAGGGAUCCAUGAAGAAUCCAGAAAGAAAAGGAGAGAAAUAAAGAUGAAGGAAAGAGGAUUAACAAAAACAGAAACAAUAAGUAAGAAUUUCAAAUUUGAUAGUUAAACUGUGUCUGUGAAUAAAAGCUCUAAGAACAGUG